AUGAACCUGGUUCCUGUGGAUCAAAGAAUAGAUGCAGCAGAAGAAGGAUGGGAAGGAGUGAAAUCAGCUCUAACUGAUUUGCAACAACUGAUGAACAAUCAGUGUUCUCUUCUUGUGGAAAAGAUGACUGAGAUGGCCACUGAGAACGAGAGGGUUUGUUCCAUUUUUUCAGAGAAAAGAGGUAAAGGCAACAGCUAUAGACUACCGCCGCCGCCACCACCACCGAAAGUUGUCACAAAGAAGAGAGAAACGGUUCUUAAGGAAGGAGGGACCAACCGGAGGUUUCACAAACUUGAGAUGCUCUUGUUUAAUGGAACUAACGCAGAGGAGUGGAUUUGUAAUGUGGAAAAAGCCGACACCCACUCCCUUUCAUCCUCCAACCGAUAUCUCCUUCACCCUCGUCCCGCUGUCAUGCCUCUUCCUCCUCACGCUGCUCCGAAUAACCAAGGUCGCCGACGGACCUUUGCUGCCGUCGAAGACGAAGGGUCGCCGCCCAUCGGUUAUCCAGUCGCGAGAGUCGGAGACCAUCGACCAUGGGUUGUGUGGUGGUUCGUGGGUGGGUUGCGUGCGCCCUCCUUUCUCCAGCCUAUUGUCUCCGCUCCUCGGAAAUGCUCGCCGUCGCCAUCACCACCAGAGCGUCGACGGAUGGUGCUGCUGUUGCUCUUGAUUCAUGGUACGCCACCACCACCGUGA